AUGCGCUCAAAACCAGCAGGGUUGGGUCGCGCUCAACGAGGCGCACCAAACCCUACGUUCGUCGAAGAAUUUGGUCGCCGGCCGGCGGCGGUGUACGAGGAGGUUUAUAUUGGGAUACUGUCUGAUUUUGUUGCUCAGGCACAACAUCAUUAUGCUAUAGGUUUGAAGAUAUUGAAUCAACUAGUUUCUGAGAUAAAUCAGCACAAUCCUGGAUUACCUGCCACACGUCAACGUAGGAUAGCAAGCUCUUUUAGGGAUCACUCACUUUUUCAGAUAUUCCAGAUAUCAUUAACUUCUCUCUUCCAGUUAAAAGCUGAUGUUGGGAGCAAGUUGCAGGAACUGUCUCUUAUGCUUUCUCUUAGUUGUUUGUCUUUCGAUUUUAUGGGGACAUCAUAUGACGAAAGUUCAGAUGAGAUUGGUACUGUUCAGGUUCCAUCUGCUUGGAAGCCUACCCUUGAGGAUUCCUCAACAAUGCAAAUAUUUUUUGAUUAUUAUGCAAUGAAUCAAACGUUUUCAAAAGAGGCAUUGGAGUGCUUGUUGCGGCUUGCUUCUACUAGACGAUCAUUGUUUUCCAAUGAUACUGCUCGAAUGAAGUUUCUGUCACACUUAAUGCAGGGCACGAAAGAAACUUUGCAAACUGGAAUAGGUCUUGCCGAUCAUGAUAACUAUCAUGCCUUUUGUCGUCUUCUUGGCCGUUUUAAAGCAAAUUAUCAGUUAUCAGAACUAGUGAAUGCUGAAGGCUAUAGUGAAUGGAUACGCUUAGUAGCAGAGUUUACAUUGAAAUCUUUGCAUUCUUGGAAGUGGGCUGGCAGCAGUGUUUACUACCUUCUAAAUUUAUGGUCUAGAUCAGUGACGUCUGUGCGGUAUCUUAAGAGUGACAAACCUAACCUGCUAGAUGAAUAUGUGCCUAAAGUUAUAGAAGGGUUUGUAUCAUCAAGAUUUGAUUCAUUGCAGUCUGAACUAUCUGAUGAACUUGGUGAAAACCCACUUGACAAUGUUGAAGUACUUCAAGAUCAGCUUGAAUUUUUUCCUUUCCUCUGUAGAUUUCAGUAUGAAAGUUGCAGUUCGUAUUUGAUGAAGAUAGUGGAGCCUAUCAUGAAAAGCUAUUUGGAAGCAAAUCAUCAACUCCACGUAGAUAGUUAUGAACUCUCCAUAACCGAAUCCAAACUUGCUUGGUUUACACACAUAGUUGCUGCAAUUCUCAGAACAAAACAGAUUUCUGGUUCUAGUGGAGAAUCACAUGAGAUACUUGAUGCGGAGAUUUCUGCAUGUGUUUUGCAGUUGAUUAAUAUUUCUGACAGUGGAUUUCACAGUAAGAGAUAUGGAGAUCUAAGCAAGCAAAGACUUGAUCGUGCUAUCCUAACUUUCCUACAGCAUCUUAGAAGGUGUUACAUUGGUGACCAGGCUGUUUUUUCUUCCAAGCAGUUAUAUACCCGGCUGUCUGAACUUCUUGGACUUCAUGAUCAUCUACUACUACUAAAUGUUAUUGUGGGAAAGAUAACUACUAACCUUAAGAACUACACUAAGUGCAAAGAGGUUAUUGAUCAUACCUUAAAUCUCUUUCUGGAAAUGACAUCUGGGUACAUGUCAGGAAAGCUGCUGCUUAAAUUGGAUACUGUUAAACACAUAAUUUCGAAUCAGAAUAGGGACCAGUUCCCUUUCAUAGAAAAUUGGGAAUGUUUCCGCAGCAGAACAACACUGUACUAUACUAUUGGCAUAUUGAUAUUCUUAGAAGAUAGCCUAUUGAAAUUUAAAUCUGCAAUGGAGCCUUUCCUACAGGUUUUGGUUAGAUUGGAAUCAACAUCUGAAGCACUGUUCCAAUCAGAUGCUGUAAAAUAUGCAUUCAUUGGGUUGAUGCGAGACCUUCGAGGAAUAGCAAUGGCAACUAAUAGCCGUAGAACGUAUGGAUUCCUUUUUGAUUGGCUUUAUCCUGCACACAUGCCCCUUCUUUUGAAAGGAAUUACACAAUAUGCUGAUAUUCCCGAGGUAACAACUCCAUUAUUGAAAUUGAUGGCCGAACUAGUGCUGAACAAAUCCCAGCGAUUGAGUUUUGAUUCUUCUUCUCCUAAUGGGAUACUGCUUUUCCGAGAAGUUAGUAAAUUAGUUGUUGCUUAUGGAUCAAGAAUUUUACCUCUUCCUAAUAAAGCAGAUAUGUACACAUCCAAAUAUAAGGGAAUAUCAAUUUGUUUGAUAAUUCUUACACGAGCAUUAUCAGGGAACUUUGUCAACUUUGGUAUUUUUGAACUUUAUGGUGACAGAGCACUUGUUGAUGCUCUUGAUAUCACUGUAAAGAUGAUAUUAUCAAUUCCUUUGACUGAUAUAUUGGCAUUUCGGAAGGUUGCAGCAGCUUACUUUGCAUUCUUGGAGACUCUCUUCUGUAGUCAUUUGUCAUUUGUUCUGAGUUUGGAUAAAACUGCAUUUAUGCUUGUUGUUGGAUCUCUUGAAUCAGGCCUUAAAGAUUUGAGUGAGAAAAUAUCAUCACAGUGUGCCUAUGCUAUCGACCACUUGGCUACAUUCUAUUUCACCCAAGUUACUGUUGGAGAGUCGGUUACCUCACCAGCUACUCUUAAUGUAGCUGGACUCAUUUCUGAUUGCGCUGAGCUUUUCUCUAGAAUAUUGCGAACCCUAUUUGAAGUUGUUAUAUUUGAGGACCGUGGCAAUCAGUGGACUCUUAGCCGAGCAAUUCUGAGCAUGAUACUAAUCAGUGAAGAGAUGUUCACAAAUGUCAAGGCUCAAAUUUUGGCUUCAUAUCCACCAGACCAACACCAGCGGCUUUCAUUGUGCUUUGCCAAACUUAUGACAGAUGUGACACUCAGCUUGGAUGGAAAGAACAGGGACAAAUUCUCUCAGAACCUGACCAGAUUUAAGUCUGAGUUUUGUGCCAAAUAAUUUUGGCCACCAUAUUGUAUUUGCUGCUUAUAUAUUUAGGGUCCUGUACAUCUUUUACCAUGACUCAUUUUUGUUUUUAUGGGAGGGGAUGCCAUUUUUUCUUUUUUCCAGUGGUGGGGGAUUUGUUUGAUGAAAGGCCUGCUGGCAUAUUGGCACUCCUUUUAUUAAAAAGCAGGGAGAGAAUAUAGCAAUUCCUAGUUGAACAGGCUAUUUUGAUAUAAGCGAGGCUUAAAUGCCCUGGAUGAAACCAUUUAAAGUAGCUGAAAAAUUGCUAAAUUGAAUGGGAAUUUGUAAAUUGUUUGUAUAAUUCAUUUAACAUGCUAGAGCUUUAAAUAUAUGAUAAUUUGUUAAUACUUCAUU